UUUUGCGUAAUCAGCCGGUAAACGUGAAAGAUUUUUGGAAACAGUCCUUGCAGAUCUUACGUUAUAUUUGUCUGAUCCAGCUAGUUUCUUGAAGAUGUGGUUAUUUAUUGUGCUUUCACUAAACGCCUUGCUUGGCUGUUACGUUUUACCGACAGAAGCGGCGUUAAAAGAGGGAGAAUGCGAAGUUUGCAUAAAGUUUCUGACAAAUUUUGCUAAAAAAUUGACCGACGACGAUAUGAAAAGUGUAGACAAGAUUGAUGAAAAGUUUAGAGCUGUCUGCAAAAAAGCAAAAACCAAGGAAAACAGAUUUUGUUACUAUGUCGGAGGCACUGAAGAUGCAGCAACUGGAAUGGUGAAGGAAAUCACAAAGCCACUGAGUUACCACAUGCCUGCAGAGAAGAUAUGUGAGAAGCUUAAAAAGCAAGAUGCACAGAUUUGCGAGUUGCAGUAUGACCAACAGAUUGACCUUAACGCAGUUGAUUUGAAGAAGCUGCGAGUUAAACAGCUCAAGAAGAUAUUGAGCGAUUGGGAUGAGGAAUGUGUGGGAUGUUUAGAGAAGACAGACUUUAUCAGGAGGAUCGAACAACUUAAAAGUGAACACCAAGAACUCUGAGCAUUGUAGAAAGUUAUUCAAUUUAAGAAAAUAAAUGUUGGAUUUUAUAGGCUACACAUUCAAUCAGGAAUUUUCUACUAAAAGGUCAUUUUUGUUUUAUUCCUGCAAGAGCUCUUGCUUUUUCUGUCUUGGCUAAUAUUGGCUUUAACAGAACUUUCACAGCCAUUUGAAGAGACACAAUACAUGUAACUGCACUGGCAAUUUGUCAGCUUUGACUCACUUUUGAGACUAAAGUUGGCCCCUCCUUGGGAAAACAUUACUUAGGCUAUCAUGUUCACACUUGGUGCCCAAGUAUGCUGGCCAAGCAUGAUUCUUGCUGGGCACUAAUGUGACCACACGUUUUUCCAAGUACUCACACCAGAAUUCGGGCACAGUGUCCGACUUUGUUUUCUGUUACGAAAAUGGUACUUGGGUCUUUGGACUACACCGCGUCGGAACACAACUUUAUUUUGUGCCGGUGCUCGGCACCAAGUGUGAACACAGCCUUAGCCUAUUUGAGAAAUUCCAGAAAAAGAGAUUUUCACUGUUAUCUAAACUUACAUAAUUAUUUAAGAAACGUAAGUGACAGUGAGAUAAAAGUUUGAUUCGGAAGUAAAUUUCACAUACUUUUAGCAAAAGCAAAGCAACAUUUCUGCAACAGAUCCUUGAAAAGCGUAAAGAUGGUUUUUGUCAAGUUUUGUACACUACAGUACCUACAAUUGUAGCAAGGAGUUUCUCGCUCAAUGUAUAUUUAACUUCCCCGGUUGAAGAAUUCCAAGAAUGUUAUUAAAGUUUCAUAUAUUAUCAUCA